AUGGUGCUGAGCUUGGUGUUUCUUCUACUCCGAUCCAACAAGAAAAUCAAGUAUCCUCCUGGACCGCGGCCACUGCCGAUACUAGGGAAUCUGCACCAAUUGCCACGGCGAGAUACUUGGCGAACCCUCAAAAGCUGGCACGAUCGAUUCGGCCCGAUCAUCACCGUCUGGAUGGGCUCGAGACCCAUGGUCAUCCUCGGGUCUUUCGAGUGCGCCAAAGAUCUUCUCGAGAAGAGACCGUUCAUCUAUAGCUCUCGCCCGUCGUACUUGACCGAUGGCAUCGGCAGCGAUGCUCUGGUCGUUGGGCUCCCAUACGGCAACCGGUGGCGCAAACACCGCUUUCUCCUAAACACGCUGCUAAGCCGGACCCGGUGCGAGGAUUACAUCAAAUCCCAGGACCUUGAAUGCAAGCAGCUCUUGUGGGAACUUCUGUGGACCAACGACUUUGCGUACCAAUUCCACCGCUUUGCUGCGAGUCUAAGCUUUUCGCUCGCAUACGGGCAACGCAUGGAGAGGGGCGAUGAAAGCGAGGUGCAGGAAGUUGAUCGCCUGAUGCGCCAAAUGUCAGACAAGGUCUUUCUGCCUGGAGUGGCGUUCCCACUUCUGAAUUAUCUCCCGCAGUGGCUGGCGCCCUGGAAAAAAACCGCUGCUUGGCUGCAGGAGACCCAGGCGAGAUUCUUCACGCACCAGAUGCAGAAGGCGCUGAGCCAGUCAGUGAAGACUUGGAGCCAUAUAGUACACGAGGUAGCCAGGAACAGAAGGGAAGUCUCGUUCAAUGAACUAGAGAUGGCUCAUGUUGUGGGAGUCACCUAUGAGGCAGGCAGCGACACCACGGCCUUUGUGCUCGAGACCUUUGUUCUGGUGGCCGUUCUGCAGAGGCCGGCGGUGGUUCGCGCGCAGAUCGAACUUGACAAGGUAGUGGGCUGUCAUCGCAUGCCUGCACUCUGCGACCUUCCCCAACUACCGUACCUUCAGGCAUUUGUGCGCGAAGUGCUGCGCUGGAGGCCAGUGGUACCGGGUGGCUUACACCAUUGCACCAGCCAGGACGAUGAGUAUCUGGAAUAUCAGAUUCCAGCAGGGACGACGGUUAUCCCCAAUCACUGGUCGCUUGAGUAUGAUGAGAGUGUGUUCCCCAAUCCGCACAGUUUUCAGCCCGAACGGUGGAUCGAUAACCCUAAACUGCCAACGUGCGCGUUUGGAAUGGGGAGACGAGCUUGCCCAGGCCGUCAUCUCGCUCAGAACUCCUUGUAUCUAGUGAUUUCACGUAUGUUGUGGGCUUAUGACAUUCGGUGCGUUGGAAGACCUCCGGAUUCUUUCGCCAUGACGCAGGGCAUCAGUUCACGACCAAGGCCUUUCGCAGUCAGGUUUCAUCCUCGGAGCCAUCGGCAUCAAAGCAUCAUAGAGACUGAGUAUAGAAGACACAGCAGUAGUAGGACAUGA